AUGGAAGAUGACGUUGCUGUUUGUUUGGGUGGCUUCACAAAGGAGCUGGUGUAUCAGCAGCUUCUACAUUGCAGUGAGGAGGGCUCCCUUCUGCGUUUGCUUACCGUGGAGCUGGUGGCGAACGAUGGCCGCACGCUGGUGCUCGCGGCUCCGCAACCGUCAACCAUGGGGAGCGACGCAGCUAGCGCCUCACCACUGCUUAUGGACGUUUCUGGCGAUGACAGGGAAUCUGCUGUGCAGGCGGCAGUGACAGGAGAUGCCGCCUUUGCCCAUCCCGCGGAUCUGUUGCUUCUUCGCUGCCAGCCGAGACGACCGCCAGCAAACGUAACCGGGGGGUCCGGGGCUGCUAGCGAUAGCGGAGCAGCGUCGGGUGCAGCUUUGGCGACACACCAGGAGUUCAUAACGUACAACACAUCCCUUUUCACACCCUCGGAUGUCGACCUCUGGCGUGAGGCGGUGGAGGGGAACAUAACAGUUGUCGUACGCUGGCUAGCGGCGCUAGUGCAGCAGCCACCGGGUCUCGCUCAGCUAGCCUUUCUGGAGGCAGCGGCAGCGUCGUCGUCGCCAAACGCUGGAGGCAGCGCUGGUCACGAGAGCUGGCGGCGCACGCUUCAGUUGCCGAUGCUGCUAUGUCUUAAACCAGACGUCAUGCGCUGCGCCGAUGCUAAGACUCUCGACCGACUGCGGCGCACUGUCAGCUUUGCGCUGCGAACCCUACUUGCCGUGUUCCUCCAUGUGGAGUCAGCCAUGCGCUUGCCGCGCCUGUGCCAGCGGUUGGUGUAUCUCUUUCUCUCGUCCCCGCUGUACGUAGACGGAGCUUCGCAGGUGGCGAUGCAGCUGGUUGCCACAGACUCAGCCGCGUCGACCCGGCAGUCGAUGGUGCAUACACUUCACUCCUGCCUGCUGCUGGGGUUGCAGUACGCGAGCGAUAGCGCUGCUGUUUCGAUGGACAGCUCGCUCGCUACAGCUGAGGUACGGCGGAGUGCUCGGCAAGCCUGCAAUGGCUUCGAGCUCGUGCUCGCUCGUCUCUCCCGCGUGUGGCUGCAGCAGUCUCACAGCGGGCGCAGCAAAGAAACCGCGAUGGAUGUUAGCGGGCCGGAGGAGGCCAUCUUCGAGGUGCUCGAGGCGGUGGCUGCCACUGGUGUCCUGAAGGAGGUGCUGCGCUGGCUGCAGUUGGAGGAAGAUGUACGACGCUCUCACGACCACCUUGGUGCCAACUGCAGUGGCUCCAGCGAUGACAUGACGGACACACUCGCAGAGCUCCUUGUUCCGCCCGCCCUACAUCACAUCCAAGAGAGGCGGCACUUGCAAGAUUGUGCGGUGGCAGAACAGUUGACAGCUUUGCGGCGUACCUACAACCCGUACCUUAGCCAUGAGGUCCAGCAGUUUAUCCGCUCCACUGCGUUGGCAGCCUACGCUGAGCUCUACGCCAGUGCCGCUCGCGCGGUGCGACACGUGACGAAGCUGCCUGGUGGCGCGGCAGAACUGUGCCGGGGUCGUGUUGAUGGCGUCAUAGCGGUGCGCGUGAGCGGCCUGGAGGCUGUGGGGCCGCGGCCUGGCGGGUUGUCGGAGUACUCGCUGGCGGAAGUGCAGCACUACGCAGCCUUUGGCCUGCCAGUUGACUUGUGUGUGCGCGGGUCGCGCGAGAGGCGGCACCAAGACGAGAUGAAGGCGCUUGUGUCGGCGCUGCAGUUGGCCCAAGUGUCCGACACGGACGCCUCCCUCUUCGCCUAUGCCAUGGUUCAGCUCACUGGCCAGUGGGCCAUCUUUCCAUUGGUGCUCACGCACGCAAAGGCUGACAGCCCGUCGAAGGAAGCGGGCAGCAGUGUCUUUACCACCUCUUCUCGAGUGACGGCACACGUGUUGCGCGACGCAGACAUGCUGGCAGACUUUAUCCUUACGAGCGCCGCGGCUGCGGAGGAUGGACAGACUCAGGCAUGGAUUGUCUUAGGGGCAGAGGGUGCGGGAAAUCAGCGACGCGGCUCUCGACGCCGCCGUGCGGCGUUGCUCUCUGCAACCGCCGCACCGCUACCGGAGCGGCUCCUUCCAACCGGCACGCCAGCCAUGACGUAUCUCGACUGCCUUCGGCGCCUUCAUGCCUUGUCGCGAAGUAUACGGCAGGCAGAGGCGGGCGUGAACAGCAAAGGCCGCACCAACAACGCGAAUGGUCACGGCGGCAGCCGCCGCGCAGGCCGGUCGUUUGGCGCGGACGCGGUGUCGGGUCUCUGGACAGAGCACUUCACAAAUGGCGCUGUUCCGAUGCAGCGUUACGUGUCGUCUCUCACAGCGCCAGUCGCUGCUCUACUGUCCGGCACUGGCAGUGGGGUAGAUGCCGCCUCAUCUUCGAGGUCGUCUGGUUCGAGCGGAAGGCUGCCGGGCGAUGGAACGUUCACCUCCCUACAGACCCUUCUGGCCUUGGUGAACGAGGCUGCCGACUUCUCUUCAGCACAGGUCGAAGCGCUCCACUCUCUCAGCGCCAUCACUGGGCUCUCCAGAAAUGGCACCGGCGCCGUGGCGCAAGGGAAUAGCGGCGUGCCUGUCUCGGUGAGGAUGGUCGAUGGGUGUACAGGGAGUGGCAAGACUGCCGUCCUCUACGCAUCGGCGCUGGUGCGAGGCAAACUACACGCGGCUGCACGUCAGGAGCAGCAGCGCAAUGUGCAAGGUAGUCUGAAGCAUGCGAUGGCGUCGGUCAAGGAGGCUGUCGCUGCGCUGCGUUGCGCCUCCGUGGCGGAGCUCUUUUCCACCUCUGCGGACGUACGCGCCGGGCGAAGCUUGUUGGAUGAGGUGAGCCUCGUCGCUGCGGAGGCCCGUCGGCUCUACCAGCAGCUUAAUGAGGGGUUCCUGUACUGCUCCACGCCGCUGCUGCUGCGUCCUGCAGUCGCCACGUCCACCGUUCCGGCCUCAGUUGCCCAGUUUCUCUUCGAGGCUAGCAAGGCGCGCCCAGUCGAGGGGCAGAAGAGGGGGAGGCCGAACGGGUCACACAACGCACCAGCAGCAUGGCAGUUGAGCGAAAUCACCUCUCUCGCGGCGCUGGUGAAGGAGUCGCACGCGCGGUCUCUCAACGCUCCUCUCACAACGCAGCUCAACGCCGAACUGCGCCGCCUUCAGAUGACCGGCAUGUGGAGCGGCGUGUGCCGCACCGCAGUGUCAGUGGCAGUGCCGCUGCUCUCGUUGACUCUGUCUGCGCGUGAUGCGACGGAUGUGAUGGCCUGUGCGAGUGCGUCCUCUACGCCUGCACAAAGCUGGGCGGAGUUCAUCGUGAGCGACUUCUGGCCGGAGAGCGACGUAGCCGCGACCCUCGACCUCGCUGCUGCUGCUGCUGCUGCUCAUGACGGAGCCUCUUCGGCGACGUGGGAAUCACUGACCGCCAUCCCGGAGGAGCGCUAUGCGCCAGUCACAAUGCCGCCUACCACCCAUCUCUCCUCUUUAUCUAAGGAGCAGCUGGAGGGAUGGCACAGCGUCUACCUUGAGAAGCAGAGCGAGCUAGCGCAGCACACCCACGCCGCCGUUCACGAAUCCGUCAGGUCACUCUUCCAGCUCUUUCUGGAUCUGGUGUGGGGUGUAGCCGCCACCUCGCAGAGCACGCGACACACUGUCCUGACCAGCACCCCGAUGGAGCUGACGCAGGGGCUGCUGUUGCCGUACCUUUGGUGCUGGCAGCCAUCGCACAUGUGCGUCGACGACAUCGACGCAGUGCAGGACGGGGUUUUUGCAAUGCUAACCCCUGUCUCCAGUUUCGUCUAUUCACUCACCUCUGAAGUACCAGCUUUUCAAGAGCGCCGCCGAUCGCAUGAGCGCAUCGUGCUGGCGUUGCUGCGGUCGCUGCACACCGAGCUAAGGCGCACCGGCGACCUCACCACGACAGUCCUACACGAUUCGCUGCGAUGCCGCCGUGCUGAGGUGCAAGCGCUUCUGCGGUACACUAUCGAGGACGCCCGGGCCCUUUCCAAGGUCACAGAGGAGCUGGCAAACAGCGAAGGUGAUGGUGCUCAGCAAGACGGAGAAAGCGGCGAAGCGGCCGAGCCGCUUCAGGGAAGCACCGCCUCCACCAUACCGCCCCCGCCGUUUACCGGGCUGGCCUCGUACAGUGCAGUAGAGGUAUGGAGCCAUGGUGUUUCAAUGGACAACUGCGUUGCUGCCGACGCAGCUGCAGCGGUGUUUCUCAUGGAGUAUCUCUCCAGCUACUUCCCUGCGCGUGGCGACAGCGCGUCAGCGACGAAGUCACCCGCACAAAUAUCGUUUGGUGUCUACACGAGCAACGCGGCCGCGGCGGAGGCGAUCUCGGCGGCGCUGUCGCGGUCCGCACUCGCGCCGUCUUCGCAUUUUCGGCAGUCAGUGCGAGUGUGGAGGGAGUCACUGGAGGGUGCCGGCAACGAGGCCGUCUCCCGGGAUUCCUUCGUGACGGCAACGCCACCAGUGAUGGCUACGGCCAUGUCUUCCACUAGUCUUGACGAGGUGGAGUGCGAGGUGGAGAUAGGCGUUGUGUGCCUCUCCGGCCUGCUCGAGGUAGUGAUUGGCGCUUUGCAUAAGAGUCGCGACGGUUCCUCUGGCACCAUCGUCGACGGCGAAAGUCAUCGCCCAGAGGCGCGGCAUCAGCAGUGGCAGCAGCUUUGGGCAGAGUCGUCUGACGGAUCUGCGUCGCUCUUCGUGACGCGCCUGCAGUGGUGGCUGUGGCGGCUGCUGCGACGAGUGCGCCAUGGCGUGUUUCUCAUCGGCAGCCGCGAGCUGUUCGCCUGCAUCCCACUGUUCACCAAGGCUGAGUCUCUGGUGCAGCGUCAGCGGCGCCUAUUAGCGCCGAAAAACCAUCGCGGGUAUUGGCUACCUUCAGAGGUGGGGGCCAGUGUGCUGGCGAUGGUGUGCCCAGACCACUUCAAGUGUCGCCGCAUCGCCGUUGUGCGGGAGCACGAUGACGCUGAAGCUGCCGCAGAGCCGUCACCGGAAGGAGACGAAGAGGACGUGGACGCAGAGGAUGAAUUUGUGACGGUUGAGGUCCAUGGCCCGACUGAGUGCCUCUCGCUUUGCCUGCAGACGUACGACGCGUGCCCCAGCAUUUCGCAUGCUUGUCUGAGGCCGUGUCACACACAGCAGCGCAUCGGGGCUGCCCACCUUGAAGAAAACGUCAGCUUGACGACUGACGACGCCCCCCACGCGUCGUGCCCCUAUCCCUGUAGUGCAGUGCUCCCCUGCGGCCACGCGUGUCAUCGUGUGUGCAGUGCAUCGUGCGAGCCGUGCACCUACGCCGGUCUGACGGAGUUAACGUGCGGCCAGCGAGUGGUGAGCGGGACGGACAGCAACCAGGUGGUGCAGUACGCGUUUUUUCAUCACUUCCAGGAGCGUCGCUGCGGGGAGCCGACGGGGCACUGUUGCACCCCGGUCUCUGUCUUGUGUAAGCGCUGCGGCACCCGUUCGAUGGUCGCGUGCCACUGUGUCACGGCACAGCUGUCACGCCGCCAGCGCGUCACCGAAGAGGAAGGGACGCGGCAGAAUACCGUGGCCAACGACGCCACGUACGUUCUCAAGGAGACGUCGUGUGCUGGGUGCGUGGCGCUCUACAACAAAGUUGCAAAAAAAUUUGGGCACGAGCUUCUCGAGAUGCCACCGGUGGACCACGCGCAGGAUAGUCAUCAUAUCACCGCGGCAGGACACCUGCGCGGCAGCGCAGAUGCGGACGACGGCGACGAGGAGGAGGAUGGUGAGGCUAUGGGCACCGCCCUUCCACGCCAUCUCCUCUCAACUGAGGCCCAGACAGAGCUCCGUCGCGAGUUCACCAUCGCUAGCAAGAAAUCCGAGUUGCUUGUGAGGAAGGAGGCACUGGAGAUCAGCAGCGGGCGAGUGACGGAGAAGACGGACUAUGAGGUGUACCGUGCGCAGUACGCGGCGUUGAGGGCCACACAGCAGUCGCAGGAGAAGGCCUGGCGAGACGAGUAUCACACGAUGCUGGACGGCUGGGCUGUUAAGUUGCGGCAUGCGCUGGAGGUUCAGACGGCCCUCAGCACCGAGCUGGACACGUUGAUGCCACGCCUAGUGGCGGAGGCAACCGAGGAGGCGCAUCUGCAGCGGCUACAGUUUGCUGAGUAG